AUGGAGAUGUUCGCCACCCACAACCACACUGCUUGUAUCAUCUUCUCUCUCCUCAUCUUCCUCUCUUCCUCUCUCCAUCUGGGAUAUGCUCUAUCUCCCGCUGGAACAAUCGAAAGAAGCACAAAACAGCAAGUGCUAGCUAGCCUCCCUCCAAGCCAUGAAACCACUCAACUGUCUGGCUCCUCGCAGUUGUUCCUCACUUCUCCAUCGGGAAGGUACGAGGCCUUCUUCCUCCGCCGCGAAACCUCAUUCGGUGCUGGAGGGUUUGGAAAUGACUUCUGCUACAUCCAAGUUCAAGAGAGCGGUCGCAGUGUGUGGGAAUCUGAAUGUGCUUCGGUGAGCAAUGUCAACACUUGCACCCUGUUGUUUUCUGAUGCAGGUCUCGAGAUAUUCGAUGGCAGCCGAUCUGCAUGGGACAACGAUGCUGACGGGGACCAUCUGCAGAGGUUGGAUUUGCUUGAUGCUGGAGACAUGCAGAUAAGAGACGAAGAAGGUGAGCUUGCAUGGAAGGCGAGCGAUAAUCCUGUUGUUAAUCAGAAUUGUGGUUCCAUUGGAGCUCCUGGACUCGCUCCUGAAACUCCACCAUUUGCUACUCCUAUUGAAGAGAAGACUCCUUUUGGACAAGACCAACAGCAACAACCUCAACUGGGCGACUCACAACAGGGCCUGGCCCAACCUCUCUCGGCCUUUAAUCAGCCUUUUUCGUCGUUGAACCAACCCUUUGGGGCUAAUAUUAACCAGCAAGGCUUAGUGGACAACACUCCUUACGACAGUGGGGCUCAGAAAGAGACGAAAUUGACCACUACAAUAGCAAUUGCUUUGGUUUCCCUCAUUUCUUUGAUGGCUGCCCUUGGACUUCUAAUCUAG